UGGUUCAAGUUCAAUCUUGGAACUCAUGUAAAAAUCAAAUUAAAGAAUAUUUUUAGACAAAAGAAGUAAUAUUUUGUCUCAUUUUGUAAAAUGUAGCAAAUUUUUUGUGAGGAAAGGAGUAUAAUUUUUAAUGUAAUAUUCUAAAUAUUUUUAAAUCUUCAACAGAUUUGAACAAAAAGUUUAAAAGGGAAAGAAGUGGACAUUCACAAGAAUGAGAGACGGAGCAUUUAUUUCACUGUUUAUUUAUAACAAGUUUUUUGUAUCCUCUUUCAUUGAAUGCUCUGAGCCGCCGCCGCCGCCGCCGUCAUGGCAUUUCCAGAGGAGGUCUGUCACUGCGAUCUCCUCAUCCAUGUCAAUGGCCACCACAGUUUCUUUCUGCAUCAGAAAGUUCUGGCAAGAUACUCCGGGAGGUUGAGGAAGGACACGAAGAAGACAUCAAGAAUCGAUUUUGACGAUUUCCCAGGAGGCCCAGACGGGUUCGAAUUGGUUUCAAGAUUCUGUUACAGCGGCGGCGAGACUGUGAGAAUCACCGUCCCAAACGUUUCAAUCCUCCACUGCGCCGCCGCGUUUCUUGAAAUGACAGAAAAGAUUCACCCUUUCAAUCUCUUCCACCAAACCCAGAUUUUUCUUGAAGGGAUUUGGGUCUGGUCUUGGCAUGAAAUCCUCUCCGCUCUCAAAUCCUGCGAACCCUUCUUUGAUUUUGCAGAUUCUUGCGGGCUAAUCACAAGGCUCAUGGAUUCAUUGGUAGCCAAGAUUUUUCAGAAUCCAGACAUUUCUUCGUCUUCUUCAUCUUCAUCUUCUUGUUCUUAUUCCUCCUCCUCCUCCAGAGCAUGGUGGUUUGAAGAUAUGACGGUUUUACCCCCGAGAACAAUACAGAAAUUUUUGGGAUAUUUCGGGAAGAAUGAGAAGAACAGCCCAACCCUCACAAAGUUCCUCCUGCACUACCUAAAGAGAGCAGGCCAGAGCAAGAACAGUGGAGAAAUUCCAAGAGCACCCUCAGAUUACAGUGGGAUUGCAGAGAGAGCAGUGCAAGGGGUGAUUUUGAGGGGCAAAACUGGGUUUUCCUGCAGAAGCCUGUUCUGGGUACUGAGAAUUGUGUCUGGAUUUGGGGUGAGGAGAGAUUGGAGGGAGAAGCUGGAGAGAUUGAUAGGUGGAGUUCUUGAGAAGGCCACACUGGAUGAUCUGCUGGUGUGUGGGCAAAAUGGGAAUGUGUAUGAUGUGAAUCUGGUUGUGAGACUGAUCAGACUGUUCAUUGAUCAUAACAACAAUGGUGAUGGUGAUAAUGAUGAUCUUGGCAAGAUGAAGAAGAUGAUUAGGGUUGGGAGAUUGAUUGAUAGGUAUUUGGGUGAGAUUUCUCCAGAUCAGAGCCUCAGAAUCUCAAAGUUUCUUGCCAUUGCAGAGAGCUUGCCAGAUGAUGCAAGGGACUGCUUUGAUGGUGUCUAUAGAGCCAUUGAUAUCUAUCUUGAGUCCCAUCCUACCCUCUCAUUUGAAGAAAGAUCAAGAAUAUGCAGAUGUCUAAACUAUGAAAAACUAAGCCUUGAGGCAUGCAAGGAGUUGGCCAAGAACCCUCGAAUCCCUCCCACAGUCGCCGUUCAGGCGCUCACUUCUCAGCGCCCGUCUGUGACGACUAAUAAAGAACACUCAUCAUCAUCAUCAUCAAAACCCCAAAUGGAAAUGGUGCUGUACAACAACUCUAAGUGUGAUUAUAGUAGUGAUAAUGCUAGUGGUGAGAAAAGUGAGGAUUUGAGGGUGAAUCUGCAGAGGAUGCAAUGGAGGGUUGUGGAACUGGAGAAGGUUUGCAAGGAGAUGAAGGGACAAAUGACUAAAAUGGUCAAGACUGGGAUCAUCAUGCCCCCUUCCUCAUCAUAUGGUAGAUCCUUGCCCAGACUCUGUUGAUCAGUUGAGGAUUAUUCCCUGCAGGGGUAAAAAUGGGAAAAAAGAAAAAAGAGAGGAUAUAUUGUGUGCAGAUUUGUUAUGUUCAUAUAUAUAUAUAUAUAUGUGUGUGUGUGUGUGUAUAUAAGCUAAGGAAGUUUCUUUUUUAUCUUUUCUUUUUUUCUUUCUUGUAUAUGUGUUUUGACAUUCUUAACAGAGUGAUGUUCAAGAAUUCAUGUGAUCUGCCAAGUGUUUUCGUUAUUGAGGCAUAGUCUUUGUGAUUAAAAUGGAUUAUAUACAAGACACUUUGUUCUUGCACUAUAAUCAAGCUUAUAUGGUUCAACACUAAGGUCUUGUUAAUACUAAUUAUGUCUUUAAUUUCUGAUAUGAGAUAUUUUAACACUUUGUUCUUGCUCUAUAAUCGAGCUUAUAUGGUUGUAAAUACGAACAAAAAGAAUCUUUUAUGACUCAAUUGUAUUUACUUACAUUUGAUAUUUAAGUGGAGUUCAUGUGGACCUGGAAUAAUAGGAAUGAGAAGAGUGACAAAAUGUGUCUAGUUUGUUAUAAGGGAGAAUAUGGUUCUCAAAUACCAAUUAGGAAAGAGUCUAGCAACACACAAUGACACAAAAACCCCUUACGUUCGAGAUAGAAAGGUUUUCAAGGG